CAACACGAUACGCGAGAUGCUUCCAAAGAUGAUCGACAGAAACAAGGAUUCACAAACCCAAUCUUUGGCAGAGCUUCAGCAGGAGUUGAAGUCGUUGAAGGCUCUAUUGUUAAGUCGGGGUCCUAGUAUCUCCAGCUCACCGUCGUCCCCAUUGCCGACACCUGGACGUCCGUCAAUACCAGCCUGGCAGUUGGCAGGUGCACCUUCGCCAUUAGGCUCGACUGAGUCGUCUACACCAUCGUAUAUGCUACCCACUGCUACUAGUAAUGGGAAAGGGAAGGAGGUGGAUUUGUCACCGUCUACAUCAUAAAAGAGUUCGCAUAUGUAGACCCUGUAUACUCGAAUUCACGUGAUGUACAUUGCUUUUAGUCGGUGACCAGCACUGAGUUCUCUUCCUUAUCCAUGUUUUCUCAGCUCCGACAUGCUGUCGAAACAUUUGCGCCACAACCACGUCGCAGUCUCGACGGCGACGGAUCUGGCCAGCAACACGAACCGCAUUCUCGCUCAGCCUCACUCGACUUGGCGGGGCGCUCGACUUCUCCUUUGUCGUCCAGUCAAUUAGCAGAGUCGGCUUUAUCCAAUCUUCGCAAAUCAUUUGCACCUCCACGCUCUGCUAGUCCAAGUACUUCACCCAGGAGUCCAACUUCCAAUGUCGCCCGGGACCAUCUCCCAAAAUCCAGCCUUGAAGAGCGUCUGCGCGCGUCUUUUACCAUUGGAGAUGUUUCCAAUGGCCCUACUCCAGAUGUCUCUGCUAGGGCAUCUCCAGCUCCUCAAGCGCCUGCCAUGGAGCAUCCACUGUCUCCCUCUUCGACUCCUCUACCAGAUUCUCCGCCAUUACCACCGGUACUGGAAGAAACGCCAACGGAACCUGAAGUCCCCUUUCAGCCUCUUAUUCCACCUUUAACUCUAAUAGAGAAUGAACCACCCAAACGCGAGCGUCCUGCCGAACGAGACAGCGAUGCUUCUCCAAAUACAGUACAUAUACCGGAAGAGCCUAUACCACAAGUUCCGUUGCCUGCUGAACCUGAUACCAAAUCCAUACCAGAUCCCGCUGCAGGAGAUUCUGUUACGAAUAAGCCCGUUGCAGAAGAGUCAGGACCCGUUACGGAGGAGCCCUUUGCUUCUGGUGAAGACGUUGAUGUUGAUGCUCUUCAAGACAGGCUCAAGUUGGUUGAGCAACGCUUUGCGGAUGUUUCAACGUCAUUGAAAAGACUUCAAGCGGAAAAGUUUGCUGUGGAUGCUGUUCUCCGAGAACUGACCCCAUUGGAAACACUCAAAGAGAGUGAUGCUUUACGAGACUACUUGCAGAAUGUGUCAGUGAAAGCAAAGAUGUCUCAGGAGGAAAUCAUGCGUCUUGACGCGAAACUUGAGACCCAAGACGAGCGGAUUGAGGAAAUGAGAGAUACUCACCGCCUAGAAUCAAAAUCUCAAUCGGAACUCAUCCACUACCUUCGCUCGCAGCUGAAUGAAUCCGAAGUCUUGCUGAAAGCGUCUCAAAGUUCACUUUCUCAAAACGAGGACGACAUUGCUAAGCAAAAGGCAGAAUUAGACUCGAUGCAGGCAGAGAUCGCUAAGGUCAAGGAAACAGCGAAGGACGAGGAGGAGAAGCGUACGAAAGCUAUCAGUUUGCUAAAGACUGUCCGUCAAAAGCUAGUCAAAUCCGAGAAAGAGAAGGAAGAAGCGAUGAAGCAGGCUUCUGCUCUUCGAGAACAGGAGAAGGAAUAUAAAGACAGGGAUGCGACAGAGAAAUUUCGUCUUCGGAAAGACAUCGAUGCUGCCAAUGCGGAGAGGGAGAAAACGAUAGCAGGAUUGAAAGUUCAAUUUGACAAAGAGAUCGCCGCUCUUAAGGAUCGAUAUGAGAAAGAAUUGGCGACACAGAAGGGGCAGUUUGAGCUAGAUGCUGUGACCACAAAUUUCUCAUGCCAAAGAACUUUCGGCGAAGAGUUCUCACAUCAUCCAACUGCAAUCUUCUCUCGAAUGCCUAACAAAGGACAAAAAUUCUCUUUUCGAUGAGCUGCAGUUGCGGCAAGCAGAGCUUGAAUCCUCACAGUCUCUGCUUGAAGUGACUCAAGGCCAGAACACUGAACUUCAGUACCAGUUGCGAGAACUGGAGGACCGUGUCUCUUUUCUGAAUGAAGAAUUACUCGAUGCACAGCAAGGGCUGGAGAAUCUAC